GAAAAGAGGAGGGUUAAAGUGUCAGGUUACCUGGACUUUAGUUUUGUUUUGUCAGUGGGACUCGAUCGUAGCUCUCUGUGUUGAUUUGAAAUGCUACAUACUAUCACACGUAAUUGCGGCCUUGGCGUUUUGAAGAGGGGUAUCUGAUUAAGUUAUAUUACUACAGAAAGAAAACAGUAAGGAAAGAGGAAGACAGUGAGAGACUAAUCUGAGCCAGGACGGUAAGAGGAAGGGGACAAAGAUAACCAAGGGACAGCAAAGUUUCUGAGGAAUACCACCUCCUGAAAGGGAGGGCAGUGUUUACUCUGUACUCUGUGACAAGCUACAUCAAGGCCUUACCAAAAGAGAAACCUUCACCAUGUGGACAGCUGCUCAGCUCCCUGAGGAAACCUCAAGGCCAUUAAAUCCUACGAACCCAGGUCCUCGGCCAGGACGCCACAGAAGGCCCAUGACGGCUCCAAACACCCCGAGAGAGAAGAGAGCGAAGAUCAAGAAAGUGUUGAUCACUACACUGACAGUUCUGUUGAUACUGGGCAUACUGGCCAUUGCAGCAUACUUCAUUAAAAACUUGAUUGAAAGUAAAUACUUCUUUUGCACACGGUCAGUGAAAUUCAUCCCGUUAGACAAAACCUGCGAUGGGCACAUUGACUGUGCAGGAGCAGAAGAUGAAAUUACCUGCAUGACAACCUUUAAAGUAAACACUACAUUUCCAGUGCGACUCCAGUCGAAUGAUCAGGUCUUGCAAGUUUACAGUCCAGACUCAGGUUGGCGGACUGUUUGUGCUGACGACUGGACCCAAGCGCACACACAGACAGCAUGUACACAACUGGGAUACACAAUGAAGCCUACUAGCAAAAACAUCUUAGUAAGCUCCUUAAUGUCACCGAUGAAAACGGGACCAUUCACAGCUGUCAGGCCAGGGACCUCAAACACGCCUAUACAACAAGCCACUGCUGACCGCAGUGUAUGCAACUCUGGAUCUGUGGUAUCUUUAUCCUGUUCAGACUGUGGAAAAGUGGGCCCUGAGCAUCGCAUCGUUGGGGGCACUGAUACAUCCAUUGACCACUGGCCAUGGCAGGUCAGCCUGCAGCGGUCUGGCCAACAUACAUGUGGAGGCUCACUGGUGUCACCGCGCUGGGUAGUCACUGCUGCCCACUGCUUCACUGGAAAUAAUAGGGAGUUGAGGCAAUGGGCAGUGGUGUCAGGCCAGACAAAUAUAAUCACACUGGGAGGCUCCUCUGUGGACAGAGUUAUAGUGAAUGGAGACUACAAUGCAGAAACAAAUGACUAUGACAUAGCACUGAUGAGACUCACUAGGCCAAUCACAGUGUCAGAUAUCAGAAGACCAGUUUGUCUGCCUCCUAAAGACUAUAUCAUCACAGCUGGAACCUACAUGACUGUGACAGGGUGGGGAUACCAACGGGAAAAUGGUGCAGUUUCUGACAUACUGCAGGAGGCCAAUGUCCCUCUGAUAGCUCAGUCAGCAUGUUCCAGCUACACACUCUACGGUAGCGCAAUAACAAAUAGGAUGCUCUGUGCUGGCUUCCCAGAAGGGAAGGUUGAUGCCUGCCAGGGGGACAGUGGAGGCCCUUUGGUGCACAUCACUGAGUCCAAUUGGAAUCUGGUAGGCGUGGUGAGCUGGGGCGUUGGCUGUGCCCGGAAGGGAAAGCCAGGUGUUUACUCCAACGUGGAAAUGAUGCUCAACUGGAUCCAAACAGUCAUUGAGAAACACCCAUGAUGUCAUCCAUUGCGACAAACAACCACCACGAGAAUCCAGUGCGGUCUACCUCUGAUAGACUGUGAAACUUAAACAAACCUGUCUUUUUUUCUCUCUCUCUCUCUUUUUUUCAUUUUGGUUGCCUAAAGGUGAGAAAAGGUUGCAGAGAGAGGGGAAGUUGAGGAUCUCAACAGCAAAAUGGAAACGGAAACACAGCCAUAUGCAUAAACACAGUGCGCACACACACACACACACACACACACACACACACUUCAUCAAACACACAUCAGGUGCUGCUUGUGCCAUUUCAUAUUCGUUAUCUCAGGGGAAAAAUAGCUGUAGCUGUGUGCACUGGUAUGUUUGGGAUCUUUAUAGCAGAAUGUUAUACAUGUUUUGUUUUUUUAAAGCAUUUUUGUCUUUGUAUGUGCAUAUGUCAGACACAAGUAAUUGACUUGUGUUGUUGUUUUGUUUUUCUUAGAGAAUAAUCAUCAAAGUUUAUUUUAUCUAUAUUGACACUAAUUGCUGCAAACACUGUGUUGUGAAGUUUUUUUUUGUGUCUCUUAUGUUUGGAGUUUGUCUGGCAAGCUUCAGAUAUAAUGUACUUGAUUACUGUGUGCCUUGACUAUUGGUGUGGUAUGUGUCGUUUUACGGUUAAUGUUCAACUGCUACAGAGAAAGUUAACAGACCUUAUUAUCAGGUAUUGGAAAUAUUUUAAAGUGACAAAAGGUCUGAGAGUUUAAUGCAUUUAUUGUGCUAUUUUAGAUGAUCACCCUAUUAAAGGGCAAAGGCACUUUUUUUUCUUUUUUUGCAGGACUGCAGGUGUGAUACUUCUGACCUCGAGAUGAUUUAGCACUUUAAGUGGAAAGUGAGAACUAAAGGACCUCACUUUAUGCACAGAGGAUUUAGGUCACAAGUCUACACAUACAUUCAAUAUAAACAUUCAUAGAUCAUAUUGUAUAUUGGCUCCAUCAUGAGUGUCAAAGUAGUCAUGCAUCCACAGCAACUUUAAAAUACUCUCGCAUUAGCCGGAAUAUUCAGACUAGUGUUCACCAAGUUAUUUCCUUCACUGCAAGGGAAUUUCUCCCAAAAAUACUGCAGAAUUUGUUUUUGUCAAAUUUAUUGCAGUUGGUUAACUGUUGCACUCAACCAAAACUCAUUCCAACAGGAAAUAAACCUGAAUUUGUUUUAAAACUGUUUCUUUACUGAAAAAUGUACUUUAUUAUAUCAUAUAUUAAAUAGUUGGACUUGAGUAUGAGUGCCAUGAGGGUUAAUAUUUGUGAAUAUUUUCCAUUUUGUUGUCGUUGUUGUUUAAUAUAUCUGAGUCAUUUGCAAAGACAAUAAAAACAAUGUUAACUUGG